CUUUUUCAGCGGACAAGCAGCACCGCAGCCAUUUGGCUCGGGCUCGCCACUGGGCCAGGCGCGCCGGCGGAAGCGGCCCACCAUGGACUCGCCAAGUUGCGAGAGCCACUUCCUUGGCACGGUGGGGCUGAUCCCGAGGUCCUCCCCCCACCUCUUCCGGGGGUACGAGAACGACACUCCCUGCGAAGGCGGCGGCGGCGACGUCAGGAGGCCAGACUUCGCGUUCAGCCCUGGCGGCGACUCGGCCUCGGACGACGGCACCGUGUCGCCCCCAUCGCCCACGACCGCCCGCGGCGCGCUCCCGCGCGAGCCCGCCGGCGCCUCGGACCCCGUCGUGGACGACCUGGCGCUCACCUUCGCGCCGCCCGCCCGCCCGGGCGCCUCCUCGGCGAGGCCGCCGCGCGAGCAGCUCCCCGCGGCGGGCGCGGGCGCGGGCGAGGGCGGGGCCGAGGAGGGCUGGGGCGGCGGGUGCCCCGGCAGCGCGGCCUUCGGAGCACCCGAGCCGCAGCUGCGGGACCCGCUCUCCGGCGCUGGCGCCGACGACGGCGCGGCCUGGGGCUCUGCUGGCGGCUCUGGCGGCGCCGCCCCCGAGGCCUGGGGGCCUCGGCCGCAGUGCUCGUCGGGCCAGGCGGCCGCCCGAGGCGAGGCCGAGGACUGGGGCAGCGGCGCGAGCCGCGCGGCCUCUGGGGCGGCCUCGGAUGGCCUCCAUCUGCAGGGCGCGGCCGGGGCCUGGGGCAGCGGCUCCAGCCGCGGGGCCUUCGUGGCCUCGGGGCAGCCGCCGCAGGACCCGUUCUCGGGCUGCGGCCCCGACAGCGCCGCAGGCGGCUGGGGCAGCGGCUCCAGCCGCGCGGCCUUCGAGGAGGAGCCGCGGGACCCGCCGUCGGGCCUUGCGCCCGAUGGCGUCGCAGAGGGCUGGGGUAGCGGCUCCGGCCGUGCAGGCUUUGGGGUCUCAGAGCAGCAGCCGCGGGACCCGUUCUUGGGCCCCAGCCACAGUCUCGUGGACGGCUGGGGCAGCGGCUCCUCCCAGGGUCCCCCCAGGCAGCAGCUGCGCGACCCCUUUGCGCGGCCGCCGCCUGGCCAGGAAGGCGCGUGGGCGGCGAGCGGCAACCCGCGGGAAUAUGCAGAGGUUCCCGCCACCGUCCGCGUCGUGCCAGGGCAGGCGCCCGCACCCGCCCCGCCCCUGGUGUCGGCCUAUGGCGUGCUGGAGAGCUCCGGGAAUUAUUUCAAGCCGCUGCUCCGCCAGCAGGCGCAGGCUGGCGCGGGCUGCGAGCUCCCCGCCGCGGCCCAGCCAGCGGUUCCGUUCCCAGACGCGGCGGACGCGGCGCUGAGGCGCAAGUUGGCUGGGCACGGGAACGAGGUGGCCUUGCUGCAGGCGCGCGCCGAGAGGCUGGGCGACGCGAUGGCGCAGAAGGCCUCGGUGGCCGAGCUCCGCCAGCUGCUCGAGGAGGCCUCCUCGCUGCAGAAGCGGCUGCUGCUGCUGGAUGACGCAGCCCUGCGCUCUGCGGGCUGGCCGGUGGAGCAGCUGGCCGCCGUGCGGUGCGCGCUGGAGCGAGUGGACAGCUGGGACGCCCUGCUCGAGGAGGUCAGGUCACAGGUGAACUCGGCCAAGAUCGUGGCCGCCGCGUGUGUGGAGUUGCUGGAGCGCGUCACAAAAUCGUGGCACGCGCUGCAGCGGCCCCCCGCAGGGGUGCGAAGCGCCGACCUGGGUCUCGAGAAGCGCGCCGCCGCUGCUGGGCCGCUGGUGUCGGCGCUGGCGGACCGUCUGGCCACGGAGGGAGCGCGCUGCGGAGACAGCGUAGCCCUCAGGCGCUUCAUCGCGCUCGUCAACGCGCCCGCGUCGCGGCAGGUGCUCCAGCGCGAGCUCUGUGUCGAGUUGCCCACCGCCGCCGCUCUGCGGGAUCUUGCGGGAGUCGUGCGCGCCGCUCAGGGGGAGCCGGCGAGCGGCAAGGAGGCGCCGCAGAGGGCGCCGAAGGAGGCGCUGAAAGAGGCACCGAGGGACGGCGGCAGGCGCUCGUCUGGUGGCGGUGGCCUCAGGGUCACGUUCGGCGAGGGGGAGCCCGCCCCGGCGGCUGGGGAGAGGCCGCCGGCGAGAGAGGUGGCGCCGAGCGCGCUGGUGCAGGCCGUGGUGAGUGGCGAGGUGGGCAGGGUGGAGUCGCUGCUCGAGCAGGGUGCGGUCAAGUCUGGCUGCGCGCGAGAUGGCCACGGCCACACCGUCUUCUGGCACGCCGUGGCGCGGGAGUGCCCGGAGGUCGCCCUGCUCCUCCUGCGCCGCUUCCCCCCGCAGGGCGCAGGCGGGGUCGACGCCUGCGAGGUGCACCCCCAGCGCGGGGACACCCUGCUGCACCUCCUCUGCGGCAGCGCGCGCUUCGACGGGCGGACGCAGGAGGUCUUCGUGGCCCUCCUGCCGCGGGUGCCCGCGCGCCUCUGCGCCACCGCCAACGCCGCCGGCCAGAGCUUUCUGCACGUGGCGCCCGCCCUGGCCGCGGAGCCACCGCCCGCGGCGGAGUGGGCGGCCUGCCUGCGGAGGCGCCUGGGCGGCGAGCCCGCCGCGGCCGAGCCCGCGGACGUGGAGGUCGAGGUGCAGGACGCCGCGCUGGGGCGGCGGCGGCUCCCCUCGCGGCGCGCGGCGCUCGCGCUCGCGUCGCCGAGGUGGCGCGAGCAGCUGGCCGCGCAGCCCGCGGGAGGCGCUGGCGGCCCCGCUGUUCUGCGGGUGGAGCCCAAGUGCUGCAGCAGCGAGGCGGUCAUGAGCGAGGCCCUCCGCUUCCUCGCCGGCGGCGGCCUCGACAGGGGCGCGCUGGGGCAGGAGGGGCGCCUGCUGUGGCAGCUGCUGUGCCUCUGCGUGCAGUACCGCCUGCCGGAGGAGCUGCGCCGGAGGUGCGUCUGGGCGCUGCUGGCGGGGAUGCGCAGGCCCGAGAACGCCGUGGUGGUGGCGCUGCUGCUGCGCGCCGCGGGGGCGUCGGGCCUCUCCGGCCCGGAGAGGCACCUCGUGCUGCAGCACUUCCUCUCGAGCCCCGAGGCCGCGCGGGCUGCCGGGGACGACCUGAGGCUCGGCAAGGCCUGCUUGGCCGCGGUGGCGGAGCUGGAGGGCCUGCUGACGGGUGGCGCCGCGAAGUGA